GAUCAAAACAGGUGACACAUAUCAUUCGAGAGAAAAUCACACACAUACACAUACAGUGUUUGGACCAUGACUUCCACCAUGUCGAGAGAUUUUCUGCCCACAGGCGGCAGGAUCUUUACUUCCGUUCCUGACCUGCUUUUCAUCCCUGAAUUUGUGUUCGGGGGUUUGGUGUGGAUGCUGGUGGCAUCGGGCGAGCUCAUCGAGUUUCCCAACCCCCUGGGCUGGGUGAUGUUCGUGUCUGUCUUCUGCUUCAUAAUGACAACACUCUGGUUCUUCAUCUUCCUCUGCGGAGCCAAUCAGAGCGGCAUCUGGCCCUCCCUGGAUGCGGGUUAUCAUUUUGUAGCGGUGGUUUUCUACCUCAGUGCGUCGGUGAGUCUGGCUAAUAUCACCCUUCUGAGAGGAGGGAUUCAGUUCCUAAAUGCAACAGCGGUUGGUCUAAAAAUAUACCGACUGGACAUUGCUGCAGUGGUGAUGUCCUAUUUGGCCACUCUUCUCUACUUCAUCCAUGCCAUUUUCUCUGCCAUCCGAUGGAAGAGGUCCUAAUAGGACAAAACACAAACCAAGAACAAGACGACCAAAAUACGAAGAAACCAAAUAAACAGCUGACUUGUCACUUGACUAAACACAGAAUGACAUUUUGUGUUUUCCUUCUUUUUAUUUCUGUCAGCAAGAGUAACUUGCUUAUUAACAAUAGUGCCAAAGUGAGUGAAUGAGUGAAAAUACAAGGAAGGUAUUGCUAAAUGUUACUUGUUUAUUGUUGUUGGUGGCUUUACUGUAAAGGUAAAAUCAAAAAAAGUAAAUACAAAUUAAAUAAAAUUUGUAAACAUGUAUUACAGAUCAAUAAUGAAUGCCAGAAGUUUGCCUCCAGUGUGCAGUGAAUAUUUUUACAAAUCAAAGUGACAUUAAAGCAUUUCACUAGAAAGUGUACAAGACAUGUAAUAGCAGAGCUUAGCGUCAGUAUAGCACGUUUUCUCUUUGUCUACAAUGAACAAAAUGUAACUGUAUAAUGGAUAAAUGACUCUCCUUGUCAAGU